AUGUCCAAUUCUACCUUGUAUAAAACCUUUUAUAAUUUUUUACUCGAGUCACCGCCAGCACAUAUCACAGCAUUUUCUGUCAUUUAUCAAGUAGUAGAGGAUGAUACGUGGAAUUCAAAAGAUGAUUUAAGACAAGCGGUUCACCAGGCAGUUACAAAGCUAAAAGGCGGUUAUGAUAAGAACUCAGAAAAGUAUCAAAAACUUGAUGAAAUCUCUUUGAAGUUCGAUGAUGCAUAUGAAGGUGUAUGCAGUCUUAAGAAUAUCAGAAAAUCAAACCAAGAAGACGAACUCACUCCGAAUGAAAUCGAGACGAACUUGCGAUCAUUAAAAACUAAUCUUGCAAGUAGCGAAGCUCCAUAUGCACAACAUUUUCGAAAGUAUUUAAAGAAAAAGAAGAAUACCUCAAACCUAUCAUGGGAAGUCCCACUUGCAAGUCAAGUAAUUUGUGCAGAUUCAGAAAUGGUGAAAUUAUUAGAAAAAGAAGACGUAGAAGCAUACAACUUUUUUAUGGAUCCUGCGGAACGUAUGAAAGUAGCAACUCCUUCCGUUAUAAAAAAUAAGUGUGAUGAGUUUGUUAAUAACUUCAUGGACAGUAUUACGGAUAUUUCAGAUAACAGAUUUUCGCACGAUAAAAGCUGGAAGGAAUCUGACGAAAAUCUCGCAAAAGUUACUACGGACAUCCUUGAAAUAUUAAGGGAUGUCUGGAAAAAUCCAGCUUUCGGACAGAAGUUAGCCAAAUCGCAAAGCGAAGGUACAUACAUGACAAAUGUGAUUGUUCCAUUGAUUCGUGCAUCAUUAAAAGACCUUCCAAUUGGAAAGUCUGGCUACAUUAGCAUAGCGGAACGAGAAAGUAUAGCCAAGAGUUCUCGUAUCGUUUGCGAUAAACAAAAAAAGGAUGAUGAUGAGGUGAAAUUAUGGAGGGAGAUGAAUGAUGGUAUGUACUGGGCUCACAAAGGAUGUAAACCAGACAAAGAUAACUUCGGUAUCAUUGGAAUUCAAGUUAGAGGAAUCGAAAUGCGCUUAAAUACUAUUGUUCGGGGCGUGGACGAAAUAGAUAGACUCUAUAAUUUAUUUACAGUUGAGAUUCCAAUACAACCAACGGAUGAAGAUAUUGUUUUUAGAUUUGUGGAAGCAUUAUUGACAUUACGAAAUAUCCUGCACGUCAAUAUAUCUCUCCUGUUUUAUGCACCCCCAAUUAGUUCAAGUAGUAAUACAGAAAAUAGUUCUACGGUAUCUUCUCCACGUAGAGAAGAAGAAAAAAUAAGAACAAGAAAGAAUAGUCCGAAUUUUUAUGAUGAUUGUAUUGAACAGUUGAAAGAUGUAGGAAAUUUGAUCUCCAGAACGGUGGCUUGUGAAGCAUUAAAUGAACAAUAUGACGAUGCCGAAUGCAAUCCUUAUAGGUAUACUAAAAUACCUUCAUCAAUUAAUCCUUCACAUAAUCCAAUUACUUAUAAAUAUGAAUCGGCUGAUAUUUACACAGAGGAUCCCACAUUUAUUGGGUUUCAAUCGAAACCUAAAACAUUCAAUAAUAAUGAUACUUGCUUAAAUAUUCUUGAUUUUAGAACUAUUUGUUGUAACCGUCAGGUUUCUGUUACUGUCUCUCAUAGUGUCUUCCCCCAGACCCAUCUUUAUGUCGAUGGAAAAAUGUUUAGUGAGCAAGAACAGACUGACCUUGAUCAGUUUAUCCUAUAUGGAGGCUGUCAGUCAGAUUCUUCUAAAUUAUCUAAAGAUGGUCAUGGGAAAAUCGCACCUUCUG